CAGUGAAAGAAUUUACUUCACUUGAGUCAGGCCAAGCCAGUUGCAACCAAAAGUCCAUUCUUUUGUCUCCUGGACCAUUCAAUUAUGAGACUGGUAUGCUUAUAUAAAACCAGGCCUUGCAUUUGAGGAUCUGAGCUACUGUCUGGCUUUCACCUCUGACUCCAGAUUGGCUCUAGAGAGAUGGCCCUAAAGGUAUACAUUUAACUCCUGCUGACACACCGUUUGUCGGUGUAUAGUGUAUGCUGCAAAGUACAGGUGUUCAAUUGGCUGAAUCGGAAGAUGCAUUCCAAUGCGGAGUACUGCACCAUUGAUGAUAAUAAGGCCAUGGAGAAGGAAGACUCUGUGCACGGGAGUGUGGCUGAGCAAGACACUGAAGCCCUGCUGUUCCGUGAUGUGCUUCUUAAUGGCAUCCUUGCGAUUGGCACGCUUGGCCACAACGUGAACUCCCUUUGCCCUGAGGCCCGCCAUGAACAAGAUGAGUUCAUCGUCAUGGAUGAAGAAAAGGUGGACCAAGAAAAGUGCGAAGAGGAAAAGUGUGAGGACAAAGAAGAGGCAUUCGCUACAGCACCAAGUGCACCAGAACCUGCUAUUGAACCUGCCAAGAUGCAUUCAUCGUCGAUGAAAGAAUACAACUUCACGUGUUCUGUAAAGGAAGAAAUCCUGAUGUGUGAAGUUGAAGUGGAGGAUGUUGCUAAAGUCCAGGAACAACCACUUCUGAUGGUAGAGAAGGUGGAAAAAGUGAGAACUACACUUGCUGAUCUAUUUGCAGCCGAAACAUUCUCACCAAGUGAUACAGGGGAGAAGAGUCACCAGAAGACUGUCAUUAUUGCUGGGGCAUCCACUUCAAAACCUACAUUGUGCAUGAAAAAGACACAUAAAAAGAAGCCAAUAAAGCCAAUGCCAGAUCCGCUGAAGGCUACGAGAAAAUUAAGUCGAGUCGUGAAGAAGAUGCUGGGGAAGAAGAUCCACCCAGAGCAGCUCAAUGGACGUAGUAAUGCAGAGGAACCUCCUCUGCUUGGUGCCUAGGCUCGCGGACAAGUUUGUUUUCUCUUAUCUGGAUCAUGUUACAUUCCAUUGGAUCCCUACAGUGCUCCGGAGGUCCGGAUUCCUUUGCUCCAGAGAAGCAUCCAACCACAACGUACUACGUUCGCCGACAAUGUUUCAGUGCCUCAUCCGCUGCCUGUUCGCCCGCCAGUGCCGAAGAAUAGCCUGCUGUCUAAAUAUAUCUAUCUCUACAUGUCUUAUUGUUGAUUACAUGUUGAUUCGUGUGUAGAGCUACAGUUGCGGUGUCCUGUUGUCCUGUAAGAUUGAUGUUCUCGUCGUCUCCGUGUGUCGGUAUCAAUAAACCCUCCGCUUUAUCCACUCGCGUCGU